AUGAGCGAUUCAACUCAAUACACGAUUUUGCUCGCCGCUGAAGAAUCAGAAGUAUCAUGCAAAGCGCUUAGCUACGCGUUCGAUCUAUGUUCAAGAUUAAAUACACCUUAUAGUUUAGAAAUCGUCUACGUCAUUGCACUGAAUCCAGAAACCAAUGUCCCAUUUUUGCAUAAUUUGGAUAAAGCCAACAACCUUGAUAUCCUUUUGGACGCAAAGAAACCUAUAUCUAAGGUUAUGGAACGUUUGAAGCAAUGUCAUGGAGUAGUUGGGAAGAUUUUAAAAGAUUAUGUUGAAAAUCAUAAGCCCGAUUUAAAUUUAUUAGUUGUUGGAUCAAGAGAACUCGAUGGGCUACAAAAGAUUGUCUUGAGUUCUACUAGUGAUUAUCUGGUUAAAAAUCUGCGAUGUCCUGUUACAAUUGUUAAGCCAUAA